AUGCACACGGGUAUCUCAGGGCCGGAGUAUCCAGUCCCUAGGGACAUAGACGCCUUUGCCUACCUCUUCUCUUCUCACUUCAAGGAUCUUCCCAACCCUAAUCCAGACAAGUUCCCUGACCACACCUUUGAUGGGAAAGAUGUGGCCCCCUCACGGCCUACACUGGUGAAUGGCGUAACGGGAGCUAUACUGGGCAGACAGAGGCUCAAGGACGAUGCCACCCGCCUGGCCAUUGCUCUGCAGGCGCUCACUGGUCCAAGUCUGAAGUGGAGCGAGCAGAAUGAUGUGGGCAGAGCAAUGCAUUCGCCCCGUACGACCAUCUUGAUCCAUCUGCCAAAUUGUAUUCCCUAUGCGCCUCUUGUGGUUGGAGGGCUAAGAGCACACUGCACCGUCUGCCCCAUCUCCAGCGUACUAUCUGCGAACGAAGUGGCCUAUAUCCUCGCCAAAGCCCGUCCACGCGUCCUCUUCACAUCCCUCGGCGCUACCGGAAAGGACACAGUGCUGCAGGCAGUCGAGCUACUCCGAGCCAAGGUGAAUACAGGAGGAGCUCUGCAGGAGUGGGGUAUCAAGGCAGAUGGCAGACAAGCGAGUCUUGUUCGGGAGUGGCUCCACCAAUGGGAUCAAGAUGCCAAGAAGCCAGCUGGAGCGGUCGGUAGUCGAUUGUGGACUGUCAAUGUGGCGGCAGACUAUUAUGGACGGCUGGGAACGGUCGCUGAGGAUGAUUGGACACAGUUGCUGAAUCAGGAGCUCACGCCGGAGAACAUGGCCAAGCUUCCUUCCACUACGAUGACUGCAAGGGAACAGAAGGAAAGAACAGCUCUACUCCUUUGGUCAUCUGGAACCACAGGCCUUCCCAAAGGCGUGCUCCUAGCUCAUCGUUGUAUUUUAGUGGCAAGUGUCGCGUCUUGGAUGAGACCUCACGAGGUAGGCCCGUGGAGGGAUGGCGGUGAGAGGUGGAUCGCCUUGGCACCAUGGUGUCACAUCUUCGGUCUCGGGACUUUCCUUCUCCCCGGUAUCUGCCAAGGUGCUACCAUGGUUCUCCCACCCCCCGGCCGCUUCGACUUGAGGACCUUCUUGGAGCUGUUGAGCAAGCACCGAGCGACGUGGGCGAACAUUGCUCCUCCAGCAGUCGUGGCUCUCAGAAAUACGCCCUUCUUGGACCCAAAGUCUCCUCAAUAUCUCUCGCAUUUGGACUUCUCCUCUCUCAAGGGCUUCAUGAGCGGGGGUGCGCCCGUCGCACCCGAUGUCAUCGUCGAUGUCUGGAAGAGGACCGGAAAGUACGUCCAGAUGGGCUACGGUGCUAGCGAGACAGCUGGGACCCAUCAAUGCAGACAUCUCACCCUGACCGAUGCCAUUGGGAGCGCUUCCGAGCUGGGAAGCACGGGUGGCAUGUUCAUCAACGGCUCGGUGCGCAUCGUACCUGCUGAAGGUCUGAGUAAAGAUGAGAUGAAGGGCAGGCAUGCAGAGCUCGUGGAGAUGUCCGAUCUCAAGAGGAAGAGAGGUGAAGUAGCGCCCGUUGAGCCCUGCAUGCCCGGAGAGGUGCAGAUCAUGUCGGAAGCACUGAUGCUUGGGUACGCCAGCGGUCUCGGAAGUGAUGAGCAGGAUGAGCAAGGAAAACUUUGCUCUGCUGUUGACGCCAGCUUGAACGGGUUUAGCAAGGACGGGUGGUACAAGUCUGGAGACGAAGGCGUGCUUGAUGCAUAUGGCAACCUGUGGAUCAUUGGCAGGACCAAGGAGACUUUCAAGGUAAAGGGCUUCCAAGUUGCACCGCCCGAGCUAGACGCUCUCUUCAGCAAGCAUCCCGCCCUCGCCGACGUAGCCGCGGGAAGCUACCACGAGAAGGAGGAAGGGACCGACGUCGUCAUUCUCUAUGUGCAGCCAAAAGACGCCUCCAUCGUCGCCGGGACGGACGCAGAGUACAAGCAGGCAGCUCUGCUGGCGGAGCUGGACGCGUGGGUGAAACCUCUCGUGUCGUACUACAAAGUCCCAAGAUAUUACGUCUUUACUGCUACAAUUCCGAAGAGUCCUUCCGGAAAGAUCAUCCGCAAAGAUUUGCACAAGAUCGACAACCGUCGCCACGCUGCUCCAAAGGUAUCCAGCCGCGCAAAGCUGUAG